ACUACUUGAGUGCAGUAAUGAAUGCACACAUCUCGUCUGUUACUGAGGAGAAUAUGAACUUGAGGAACCAUGCUGAGUCUUGCAUGACCAGCUUGCUUGCGAUGAUUGACAGUCGUAACGCAAACAAUGUCAACUCCUGUAAUGAGAUGAUCGGGUGUGCGGUUUCAAAAGUAGCUGAUUUCAAGCUGAGGGUAGCUGGUGAUUCUAACACGGGUGUUGUGCCCGAUGUCAAAGGGAAAAGCCAUGUACCAGAGGCAGAAGGUCCAUCCACUUCUAGGCUCGUGAACCCGAAUAUUAGGAAGCGGCUUGGCACGGAUCUACUAUCAAGCUUGGAUGCUGCCACUGGUAAUGUGGCCAGGCGCCUUGAUUUGAAUUUGGCGAGUGACGUUUGUGAUUUCAUAAAUGGGACACCAUUUGUGCGUCCGAUGAACCCUAUGCCCGUCGACACAAAUUUAACCAUUGGUCCUUCCCCAUUCAGAGAACCACCUGCAGUUUUGCGGCCCCCCGAACUCACGCAGAGCAAAUUGCUUGGGUGGUUUGCUGUAGCUCCGCCAAAUAAACGCCCAAGGAUGACUACUGACUACUCGAUUGCAAACCCGGUUGGAGUAGCUGUUUCUGAGAUGGAGGGGCGGAGAAGAGAUGAGCGUUUCUAUGCAAUGGACAUGGAUUCAUCAGUCAAUGAUUUAUUUAGGGUGUGGUUCAAGCAUGGGCGCCCAUAUCUCAUUGAGAUGACUGGUGAGGAGGUGCUGGAAGAGUUCCACAUCGAUAAAACACUUGCCCAAAAAGGCCUUGACUCCAUUCUACGUUUGGGGAUCUGCCCCCCGGCAUCAGGGAGACUGAUCAUUGGGCCUGAUUGGGCGUUCAAAGUUUCAUACACUAGGGGGUACUGGAGGAGAGCGGAUGUCCGUGCAAUGUUUAAUCAACUACCACCCGGGGUUUCGUGCGAACUGGGGCUGGUUGUGGUGUACCUUGGUCAAGGGUGGAGUCUGUAUGUCUUUGACACGCUGCGAAGGGUUCUUCAUUUAAUUGAUCCAAACAUUUGCAAGCCUGCUGAGAGCCAGAUGAAAGCAAAGCACUUGCGGAAUGCAGAGGAGCUGUUGGAUGCAUUCUUGAAGUGUGGUGAGAUGUUCUGGGGGGAGGGGAAGGUGCCACACAAUGGAUGGUCUUAUUGUUUCCACGCUACGUGCACCUAUGAGAGCUCUAACACGGCUAUGCAGGUUGUGCACCACAUAAUCAACUUUGUCCCUGGGCAGCAUCCGAUGAACUUGACUGAGUCUUCUUCAAUUGCUGUCAAGAAGAAGCUUCUUCGGGCCCACCUCACGAUGGUGGGUAACACUGGCAGCCUACCCUGCCAUGUUGAAGCAUGAUUGUCAUCCCAAAAGGUCUGGGUAACCACACAGAUUAACUCUCUGUGCCCCUGCAUAUAUUGCAAAAGCAGGGACUUUAUCUUAAGUUGGUCACCAUAUGUUUUGUGUAUCCUCCCCUUCAGCUACUAGAUGACUGUGGUCCGGGAAACAUAAGAUAUUGUAAUAUUAUCAGUAUUGCCCAGUUACUAUCCCAGUUUGGUGGGUGUUUUAAGUAUUUGCGAACCUAUGAUAUUGUAACCAUUUCAGUGCGGAACGGAUAAAACCAUAAAAAUAUUUAGCGAGUU